AAUAAAAAAAAAUACAAAUUACUUCCCCGGAGAGUCCACAGAAGCCCACAAGAAAUAGUAGUGGCUGUGAUUUCUCGUCGAGAGAGAGCGAGGCCGAACGGUGGGCUUCACCCCUCCAGCUCCCGCAAUCGCCAUUGCAGACGAGAGAGAGGUUGAGAUGCGGAGGAGAAGUGGUAGCUCUGGGGAUGAUUCGUUGGCGUUCUUGACGCGUCGUCGGUGUCGCUUGAGAAUUCGAUGAGUUAUGAGAUACUUCUUGGAUCAAGUUGAGCGAUUGGUUGGAUAUAUGGAAGGUGGAUGGAUGAUUCAUGUGGCGGAUUUUAAGUUGAGUGUCCGCCGUUGCUUUCCACACCCCCGUUCUCUGCUUCGGAAGUUUCAGAUCUUGAAAUGGAAGAAAAAUCUUGCGGAGAAAACAUGGUUGCGAAGGUGAGGAAGCCGUAUACUAUUACAAAGCAGAGGGAGAAGUGGACAGAGGAGGAACACAACAGGUUCCUGGAAGCCCUAAAGCUCUAUGGGAGGUCAUGGCAACGCAUAGAAGGUGUGCACGUUCAAAUCCAGACUAUUUCAAAUCACAGUUUCCCUCUUACACCAUAAAUUUCAGCUUAUGUUGUUUGGUGCUUGUCACAGAGCACAUUGGUACAAAAACUGCAGUGCAGAUCAGAAGCCAUGCACAGAAGUUCUUCACAAAGUUGGAAAAAGAAGCUCUCAUGAAAGGUGUUUACCCAGGACAAGUUCAUGACAUUGAUAUCCCCCCUCCACGUCCUAAAAGGAAGCCAAGCAAUCCAUAUCCAAGAAAGAUGAGCACAGGAGUUCCUUCGCCCUCUCCCUCUGCAGAAGCUACAGAUGACAAACCACCAACACCUUCCUCUCUCCAACCCACAAAUCAGCAUUCCUUUCGCUUGGAAAGUGAUGCAGCCACAGAGCGUCUUGCCGCAAUGGAAACAGUGGCAGCUAAAGAGAAUUUUGAAGAUGGCAAUCGCUCAGAAGUUAUUGACAUCAAUCAAGAUGUGCCAUCUGCAUCCUUCUUUACGGAAUUCAUCCCCACAAGUGAGGCAUCAAAGAAAGAGAAGAUCACAGUUGAUAAAUCUUUAUUGCUUUCUGAAGUGAAUGAGGAGGCAGUGAGGGGAAGGAUGUGGUUUCUCCCAAGAAGCUGCACAAGUACACAAACCAACUUUGCUGAAGCAAGUGAACACAAAUCAGAUCAACAUGUUCUAUCAUCGAGCCUCUCUACCAAAGGUAACCCAAAUGGCCCAAAUCAAGCACAUUUUUUCAUCGGAAAAGACAUGCAGAACAGAGACACUGAUGCACAGAAGAACCAUACCAUCGUUGCUGCUGGUGCUGCUAACCAAGGAGGAGAUGCCACUGCUAACCCAUCCAUGACAGGUCACUUGCAGCAUCAGCUUCCGUGGUUCUCGCCAUUGACCCGAUGCCAGAGCAACCAGGAUGCGUGUGACUCCUUCCUCAACAUCUCAUCCACAUUCUCAACUCUCAUUAUUUCCACCUUGCUACAGAAUCCAUCAGUCCAUGCUGCAGCAUGCCUGGCAGCAUCAGGCUGGCCAUCCCCUGAGGUGGACACUUCUCUUCAUUCAAGUCCACCGGUGCAUAUGAAGCCAUCUCCGACCAUGACGCCUGUUGUUGCCGCUACAGUGGGAGCUGCAACUGCAUGGUGGGCAGCUCAGGGAGCCUUGCCAUGGUUUCCACAUUUCACUUUUGCCUUCACUUCAGCACCUCCAACCCGAGCUCAACCUGUGGAGAUGGUCCAAGAGCCAGAACGACGACAUGAUGCCUCCUUUCGUAAGCCUCUGAACCCAGAUUUAUCUGAUGAACCACAGUGUCAAACUUCACCUAUACCACCAUCCUCAGAUUCCGAUGAGAGUGUAAGAGAUGAAUACUCUAAUUGCACAGAGGUAAAAGCUUCGGAAAUUAACAACUCCCCACCAUUACUAGCUGGUGGAGUUAAUGAUUUGAGGAGCAAAAGGAAGCAACAUCUUUCUUGUGGAUCCAAUGACACAGCCAACAACGAGACAGUUGACAAAGAGGCUGAAGAAGCCUUCACAAAUACUUCAGCUCCCGAAAUCAACCACCGGAGACUUAGAAGCAGUGCAAGCACGGACGAGCCAUGGAAAGAAUCUGAAAAGGGUCAGCUUGCCUAUGAAGCACCUCUGAAAAGAGAUCUGCCCCGAAGCUCUUCUCCUCUGCAUGCUAAAGAUGCACAAACAAAGGUGAGGAGCGACAGAUAUAGCAGCAUGUUGCCAGCUAAUCUUUCCAAGAACGCAGGUUUGGAAACUGACCUUCUUCAUCCACAUUGUCUCAAGAAGGAAGAGAUGAGUAAGGAAAUCAACGACAGCACUGGACAAAGCUCUGUAACUAAUGAUUUCCGACAUGGGAAUUCCAUGUCUAGUCGGACGGGAUUCAAACCAUAUAAGAGGUGCUCAGUGGAAGCGAAGGAGAGCAAAGCAGUAUCCGGAGAAGAAACCGGGAACAAGAAGAUACGUCUGCCAGAGGAAGCUUGAAACCGUGAACAAGAAGAUACGUCUGCCAGAGGAAGCUUGAAAUCUGAUGGCACGGUACCAUACAUACACAGCUCAAGAAGUAACGAACUCUUUGAAGCUUUAGAAACUCUAAAAAUAUGUCGUGUUGUCGUAAUCUUAAUCAAUUAAUUCAUCAAGCAGCCCACGUAACUGCUAAAAGCUUGCAUUCCGGUUGGACUAAGCCAAAGCCUUUUUAAUCUUUUUGUUACAUAUAAUAUAUGAUUGAGCAUUUACGUAUGCAUUUAGUAGAAUUUUAAUCUUAGGGGUUCAGUAUGUGCAUGAUGGAACACAACAUCGGCACAAAAAUUCUCUUGUUUGUACCUAUUGGACGUCUACCAAAUAAAUAAUUUGAAUCACCA